GGAAUGAGUACCAAUCGGUUGGCGUGUACACAUCCGAUCACGCUGACUGAUUGGUUGUCAUAUUUGGGCAGGUCAGGUGCCUCCGCGGCGGAUGUUCCUUAGGUGCCAAACGUCUUUAUCCAGGUGUAAAGCCUGGAUGGGGAUGUGAAUGACUAGGUGUUCAUUAGACCGGAAGCCGUAAGCACGACUCGCGACUCGUCGAAUGGCUGAUGAGACGGUGGGCAUAUUUACUUCCUUAGAUUCCCAGCCAAGCGAGACACACAACUUAUAAUGCAAUCAUCAUGUAUGGCAUGACGAAGGUAGAAUGCAGCAGCGACCAUCUGAACAUCGGAAGAGCGCGACCUUUUCGAUGGGGGAGGACGAGAAUCGGCCAGAGACGACGUCGGGUUCACAUUGGCGCUUCUUGUUGUGAGACACCGAGCGGCCCUCCUUCGCGGUGUUACUCGCGUUCAACGAGUUUCCUGACUCCGCACUGGUGCUCUGUUUGCCCGGCAAAACAUCACCCUGCCUAAUCUCAUCAACGUCCAUCGCACGGUUAUUCACCAAGUACCGAUCUCGAGCGAGGCCGUAUGCGCUCUUGUUGCGCCAAAGAUUGCCAGUCCACUCAUUCUCGGACUUGGAACUGUCGUCAGACUCCUUGUCGCUGUCUCCAAGGGUUUCAUCAGCGGCGCCGAUCGCGUCCAGUUCCGCCCUCUUGUCCUCAUCAUCCGCCGGCUUGUAGGGGAGGGCGCGGUCAUCGACGGGCCAGCAGCGGUGGACGGCCAGAGCGUCAUCGAAGAGAGACUUGAUAUCUAAAUACAAGAUGUGUCGAGGUUGAACGGAGAGUUGGUGAUUCUAAGCCAUGACGAGCUCUUGAAAAUCGUUAUCAACGACCACAAAGGAGAGCCACUUGCGGCGUAUCCUUCACUGCGGAGGAAGGAUUACGCCUUCGAUUCAAA